AUUGGAAAAAAGGAGGGGGGCCUCUGAAAAGAUGGCGGCUGCUCCUGCUGGUGUGGGCGGCCUUGAAGAAGAGGCACUGAGGUGCAAAGAAUGGCUGAAGGCCCUCCAGGAGAAAACUGGGCGCAAGGACAGGGAAGAUGGGAAGCCACAGCCCAAGCAGCUCAGAGAAGAGGAAAAGGAAGAGGAGCACAGGGAACUCAGGUUUUGGAACUAUGUCCCAGAGGAUGAAGGCCUAAAGAGGUUCCAGAUCCCCCAGGCCAAACCAGUUGCAGUACAGGAGAAGGUGAAGGAGCUGCUGGAGGCUCCCAAGUCAAAGCCUGUCAUUGAGAAAGUGGACCUGGCCAACCUAGCACCUCGGAAACCUGAUUGGGAUCUCAAGAGAGAUGUGGCCAAGAAGCUGGAGAAGCUGGAGAAGCGGACCAAGAGAGCCAUCACAGAGCUCAUUCGUGAACGGCUGAAAGGCCAGGAGGACAACCUGGCCUCUGCAGUGGCUGCCACCACCGGACAAAAGGCCUGUGACUCCGACUGAGAUGUUUUCCUUGUUUCAUCUCAUCAGCACACACACACACAUCCUGUGGGAAGAUAGUCUCAGAUACAGAUGGGGUUAGGCUGGCCAGCACUUCUGGGUCUUGAGAACUGAGCCAGCCCACUGAAUUUCAGCUUCUGUUGGUUGUGACCAGUGUAUCUCCCAAAAGUUUCCACCACCCUGAGUGGAUCAGAGCUGAGAUCUGCACACAUGUAUGUAAACAGAGCUUUUCAACUUCUGUAAAUAAACCUACAUUUAGUAGAAAAAAAA